AUGUAUUGAACAUUGCUCAGUUUGCUAUAAUGAACUGAAGUUCGAAGUCUGUUUUUCGGCAAAACAAAUGAACUUUUUAACGACAAGAUAAUUGAUCUUAAUAGCAUUGUGCACUACGAUUCGUUUGUUGAUUAGUUGUGCAGAGCACAUUAAUAGUUUUGGUUGAACAUUUCGUUCAAACUCCGAAUGGUUUCAGUUGGUUGCAUAAAAUCAGAAAGAAAAAAUGACAGAGCCUUCACCCAAAAAACCCACGUUGAAAGUUGAUUAUUCAGUAGUUGGUAGCAGUCAAAGUAGCUCAGUGACAAAAACACCGAUCGAAGAAGGCAAAUCAUCAGAAGCCGAAGGAUACGUCCCCACAGAACCUGAUCCGAUGGAGGAAAAAGGCCUAAAAAUAGUACAUCUCUCGAAUGAGUGUCUAGAGAAAAUAUUUCACUACUUAAACCUGACCGAUUUGACGAAUUCCGCCGAAGCAAAUGUACGACUUGCUGCUGCAGCAAAGAAUGUUUUUACCCAAGUGCACCAGAACCAUCGUCUGUUUUUAAAGUCACGCGGCCAAGUGAUUCAAAUACCCGAAUGGCAUCCCCCAAUCGACUCGGACAAUUUCUCGCUCAGUCCAACUGUUGUAGAAAAUAUGUUCAAACAUUUUGGCAAAUAUAUUCGUCGAAUCAAAGUUUUCCAUUCGAUCGGUGGAUUCAACACCACACAAAAUUAUAAUGUGGCGUAUCAAAUAGCACAGCAUUGCAGUGAAACACUGGAGGAGUUGGAAUUAAUCGGUGCGACGGUGUUUAAUGCGAUGCGUUAUCUUCAAAAGCCAUUUAAACGUUUGCAUCGAUUGGUUUGCUGUGAAAUUAUCACCCGAUUGUCGCCAGUCGAUAAUUUAAAUGAACUGUUCCCAAAUCUACGUACACUUGAACUCCACAACGUAUUCCAUGUAUUCGAGUCAUUUAGAUUGGAGCAACAUUUUCCACAUAUGGAACAUUUCGCCGUUUUUACAUUCCCAUAUUUAAAAUUCGAUCCAACUUACAUUCCGAUCAUUCGUCAAAUCGUCAAUUUGAAUCCACAACUAAGAGGCAUUAGUUUGUACGAUAUGAAAUCGGCAUUGAAUGAUUUUUCAUUGGACACGAUGCCGAAUAUUGAACGGCUUGAAAUCGGCGGACGGCUUAUGUUUCCACGGCCACCAUUUGAUUUCGGGAAUGUCACAAGUCUUAGAUUGAUCUAUUCCAAUGAAAAUGUAUCGAACUCCAAGGAAUGGCGCAAUUUGCCACCGCAACUCGAACGAUUGGAAGUGGUUGGUUUCAAGAUCAAUGACCGUUCAAUUGCGGUUAUUCAUCAAUGUCGGAAUUUGAGGUCGUUAACCGUAAUGUCCUUCGAUGAAAUGGAUUUAAAAUGCGUUGAACAACUUGCCGAGAAAUUGCACCACAUCGAAGAAGUGGAAUUUAUGUCGAAAUUCAACGAAAGCUCAACAAUAACAAACGCAUUCUCUGCAGCACUCGUUUUCAUACAAAAGUGUAACACUCUGCGCAAGGCAACGGCUACCAUACAAAUCGAAAAGGCUGAGGCUCGAUACCGAAUCAACAAAUGGCAUUACAUCAAAUCGAAGGAAUGCUCGGAGGCGUAUCGCGAAAAAUUGAGAAAAGUUUUAGUAUUUGAUUGGUGGCGAUGGUCGAUUCGACAUCACGUGCGAAUUAUCGAUUUUCUCAAAAGAUGGCAAAUCGGGCCAUGCUUCAGCGCAUCAAUGAUUAAUAAUUGCAUGCAACAAUAGCUUCAAUUGUUUAUUCAUUUGACGUCAUCGAAUUUUUUUUCUCUACUUUUCAUGCAUCAUUAUUUAUUGAUCAUAGAUUAUUUUACGCAAUCUACAAUUGUAAGAAUGACGAAAUAAAGAUUAAGAAAUUUUCAUGCAA